AGCCUAAAAAUUUAUAAAACCUAAUCGGAUCUCCUCCCUCCUUUAUCCCACCGAUUUAUGCUGUCUCCGCCUCCUUCGGUUAACCGUCGCCGUUUCCCUCUCACAUACAUAGUUUUCAGUUCUCCUUCUCACGGUCUCCAUCUCUUCUCACGAUCUCACACCUAAGUUCUUAGCCUACUCCUCCAGAUAGAUUACAACUUGUUUUGCUCUGAAAUUUCGCCAUGACUUUACUUGAAAUCAUCAAGCAAGCCUCCGCUUGCUCCGAUUCGCUUGAUUUCCAGUCUGACUACCCCAUUCUCCUCAAUCCAGACGAAAUUUUUACCAAUUUGAAAUCCAAAGUUGAUGAACCAGAUCCUAUUUCUCUUGUCAAUCCCGUCAUUGGAUGGCAAGUUUCGGAAAACGAUUGCAAGGUGAUUGACCUGGGGAAAAAAUUCCACGAAAAUCUCAAGCAGAAGCUAAAAAACCGAAGCUUCUCAAAGCCUGAGUUUUUAAACCUUUUGAAUGCUUUUCUUGAAAAAAUGAAGGAAAGGGUCGGAAUUGUAGUUAGUGUUAGUCCAUCAGACAAUUGUUACACUAAGGUUUUGAUUGAGAAACUUGGGUUCCUGAUGAGCAAAGACGUUGGAGACUUGGUUUUCGAUACGUGUAUUGCUUUUGAGGACUGGGAAUUGGUGGAGACUUUUGUUGUUAAUAAGCUUGUUAAACAUGCAUCUUAUUCAACUUUGAUUUUGAAACUUGUGGCGAAGAAGAGGUCAGAUCUACUUUGUCUCUGUAUCAAGCAAGCAUCAGAUUUUGGUCCUGCCGAUUUACACUGCAUUCUGAAGUACUUUCUUUGCCCCUCCAAAGAGGCUUAUGCCAGUAUGUCUAAUGUGAGGAAGGAAUGGGAAGACCAAGCAUUGCUAGCCAUUGAGAAGGCUAGCGAUAAAAAUUUAAAAGGCAAGAAGUCUAAUCUGGCAAAGGAGGCUGCAAUUCAGCUCAUGCUAGCACAUGAUGGAUUCUCAACCCAGGAACUGUGUUUGCAUUAUCUAUUGGCAUCUCCCAAUCUUGAUGAAGUAAUUCUUGCGUCUGCACUCAGUAAGUUGAAUCGCGAAGAGAUGAUUCAUUUGAUUCAGUACCUGGGGAAAUGGUUAAAAAAAUAUGAGAGAUUCCCUCAGGCAGUUUCUUGUCCAAAAGCAUCGAUUGUGUUGGGUUUGAAGGCUUGUGAUUGGGUUCCCAAACUUGAUGAUGUUGUCAGAUAUCUUGGACUACUGUUGGACGAGAACUUUUCCUCGUUGGUGUUGCAUCCAGAUUUUCACGAGGAGCUGAAAAUCAUGGGGGAAUUGGUUAGUUCUCUAGCCAUGGAAUCAAAACUCUGUUGUUUUCUCGCCAAUGCAGCCGAGAAUUUGAGAACAGAAGUGUAGUGUACGUCGUGAGUAGAAAUUGAAUGUAUCUUGUGUUACACCAUGUCUUUUUUUGUUUAUUUGAGCGCAACUAUAUAGCAUCAUUGAAGAAUAUUUGGAGAUUGUUUUUGUAAACGUUUUUUUCCCCCUAGAGAGUAAAAUAGGAAAAACAAUUCGGUUAA